CGCCGCGGCCAAGGAAGGCCCCCGACGCAGGCCCCGGUUUGUUUGAGUCGGCACCGCCGCUGCCGUCCCGCCGAUGGGUCGCGGCACACGCUCGCGUUCGCGAUCCGCUGGUCACAGGGGCAGAAGGCGACGGAGCCGGAGCCGAAGUCGUAGCGGCAGCCAUGGGCGGCGAAGCCACCGGCGCCGCGAGGAUGAGGAGCCCCGCAGGCGGAGGCGAAGGAGCCGGGAGCGCAGGUCAGAUUCGGGGGAGCGGUGGCAGCAGCAGGGAAAGCGAAGCCGGAGUUCCCCUCCAUCCCGAUGGCACUCCCGGGACCGGGACAGGUCCUCCCCAUCAGAUUCUGGAGAGGAACAGGUCUGGACCCGCCAUGGUCACUGGCGCUCAUGGUCUCCGAGAUCCUCUGCAUCCAGCUCAGCCUCCCCAGGACGCUCACAGAGCCCCAGGCUGACAGCAGCAGCAGCGGCCCUGAGCCAGCAGCAGAGCCUGCAGGAACGGCUGCGGCUGCGAGAGGAGCGGAAGCAGCAGGAGGAGCUGCUCAAGGCCUUCGAGACACCGGAGGAAAAGAGAGCGCGGCGGCUCGCCAAGAAGGAAGCCAAGGAGCGCAAGAAGCGCGAGAAGAUGGGCUGGGGCGAGGAGUACAUGGGCUACACCAACACCGACAACCCCUUCGGUGACAACAACCUGCUGGGCACCUUCAUCUGGAACAAGGCCCUAGAGAAGAAGGGGAUCAGCCACCUGGAGGAGAAGGAGCUGAAGGAGCGGAACAAGAGGAUCCAGGAGGACAAUCGGCUGGAGCUGCAGAAGGUGAAGCAGCUGCGGCUGGAACGGGAGCGCGAGAAGGCCAUGCGGGAGCAGGAGCUGGAGAUGCUGCAGCGGGAGAAGGAGGCGGAGCACUUCAAGACGUGGGAGGAGCAGGAGGACCACUUCCACCUGCAGCAGGCCAAGCUGCGCUCCAAGAUCCGCAUCCGGGAUGGGCGGGCGAAGCCCAUUGACCUGCUGGCCAAGUACAUCAGUGCCGAGGACGAUGACCUGGCUGUGGAGAUGCAUGAGCCCUACACCUUCCUCAACGGGCUCACGGUGGCUGACAUGGAGGACCUGCUGGAGGACAUCCAGGUGUACAUGGAACUGGAGCAGGGCAAGAACGCAGACUUUUGGCGUGACAUGACCAUCAUCACGGAGGAUGAGAUCUCCAAGCUCCGAAAGCUGGAGGCCUCAGGCAAGGGCCCAGGUGAGCGCAGGGAGGGUGUGAAUGCCUCAGUCAGCUCCGACGUUCAGUCCGUGUUCAAAGGCAAGACCUACACGCAGCUGCAGGUCAUCUUCCAGGGCAUCGAGGGCAAGAUCCGGGCUGGUGGCCCCAACCUGGACAUGGGCUACUGGGAGAGCCUGCUGCAGCAGCUGCGUGCGCACAUGGCCAGAGCCAGGCUCCGUGAGCGCCACCAGGAUGUGCUGCGGCAAAAGCUGUACAAGCUGAAGCAGGAGCAGGGCGUGGAGAGCGGGCCCCUGUUCCCCAUCCUCAAGCAGGAGCCGCCAUCCCCCAGCCAGAGCCUGGAGCCUGAGGAGCUGGUGCCGACACCGCCUGGGCCCUCGGCAGAGGACGGCCCCCCGGAGGAUGAGGGGGCAGCCGGAGAGGGCGAAGGGGACGGCGAUGGCGAGGCGGUGCUCAUGGAGGAGGACCUGAUCCAGCAGAGCCUGGACGACUACGAUGCGGGCCGGUACAGCCCUCGGCUGCUCACGGCACACGAGCUGCCGCUGGAUGCGCACGUGCUGGAGCCGGAUGAGGACAUGCAGCGUCUGCAGCUGUCUCGACAGCAGCUCCAGGUCACCGGUGAUGCCAGUGAGAGCGCCGAGGACAUCUUCUUCCGGCGCGCCAAGGAGGGCAUGGGCCAGGACGAGGCGCAGUUCAGCGUGGAGCUGCCGCUGAGCGGCAAGGCCUACCUGUGGGCCGACAAGUACCGGCCGCGCAAGCCUCGCUUCUUCAACCGCGUGCACACUGGCUUCGAGUGGAACAAGUACAACCAGACGCACUACGACUUCGACAACCCGCCACCCAAGAUCGUGCAGGGCUACAAGUUCAACAUCUUCUACCCCGACCUCAUCGACAAGCGCUCCACGCCCGAGUACUUCCUGGAGGCCUGCGCUGACAACAAGGACUUCGCCAUCCUGCGCUUCCACGCAGGCCCGCCCUACGAGGACAUCGCCUUCAAGAUCGUCAACCGAGAGUGGGAGUACUCCCACCGCCACGGCUUCCGCUGCCAGUUCGCCAACGGCAUCUUCCAGCUCUGGUUCCACUUCAAGAGAUACCGCUACCGCCGGUGAUGGUGGGCGCCAGGCCUCAAGGCUGGGGUGGCAUUGCCCCCAGCUGGAGCUUCCCGGGGGGCCUGUGUUUCCCUCUGCACCAGACAGGACUUAGCCACAGAACUGACUCUGGACAGUGGAGGAGACAGAGGCAGCCUGGGCAUGUGGUGUGUUGAAAGGGACUGUGAUAUGGAAGGGGGCUGGGCACCUCUCAGCAGGCUUUCCUGUCCAGGUGGCCCAAGAGCUGCCCGCUCACCCUGGGAAGGUGUGGGAGGGCCCAGACCAGGAUGCUGGCCAGUUGCCUCAGGACAAGAUGGCAGCUCACUGGGGCCGGAAGUGCCCUCCCGGGCCAGGGCGCUACGCCAGGCAGCAGGAGGAGGAGCGCAGGGCCCCGUGUGGGGCAUCUGGCCCAGGGCGGGAGGGUGAGGAGACCACAUCCAGCCUGGCACCUCCCAGAGUGUCAGUCAGCCAGGACCACACAGGUUCCCAUGCACGGUUCCAGCCCGACCCCCCAGCUCCCUCCUGUCACCCUUGGAUACAGCGACGUCUGUGUCUGUGUCAGCAGUCUUCAGGGGGUUCUGAAGUGCUACCUCUUAGCUUCCCAGACACCAGCUCUCAUGACCGACAGCUCCACCCACACCCUGUCUCAUCUGGAAAUCAUUCAGUCUUGUGUAUCCGGAAAACUUUUUAAAGUGGGAAUAAAAACCUUGUUUUAUUUUCGUU